AUGUCAAUUAGUAACCAAGGCAACCCAAAUAAGAUAAAAAGAGACUCUGUGCUUGCAUACAUUACAGUCACUGUGGAUACAUUAUUACCGUGUUCAAACUGCAAAGAUCAACAAAGAAUUUUACCUCCUUUAAAUGAGUUUGUCAAUAACUUUAUAGAGAAAUCCAAGUUACCUAUACCCAUCUUAUUGAUCACCCUUCUUUAUCUGACGCGACUCAAGACUAAAUUACCUUCCACAGCCAAGGGUGCUUACGAUACACCCUAUCGAUUAUUUCUUGCUUCCGUCCUCACCAGUUCUAAAUAUCUCUCUGAUCUCAAUUCAUUGACAAGUAUACGUGUUUGUGAAAUGAUUCAGCGACAAUACAGUGUACGAGAGAUAAACAGCAUGGAACGAAGUUUCUUAAGUUUACUCAGCUACGAUCUUCGGGUCACUGCAGAUCAAUUACAGGAAUUAAAUAAAUCGCUUUGA